GACCACACUGCUGAUGGAGCAGUCUAAAUCCAAGAGACCAAGGGACCCAGAGAACGCAAUGACAAUCACUGAUUAGUAGUGUUCCCUGGGGAGUCUUACAGACAGACUUGUGUGCCAAGUGUGAUUCUGUUUUCUCCUUUUUUUAGCACCGGUGAUGGAACACACUCUAGGAAAGAAAAAACAGUCUCAAUCUGCAAGAAGUGGCGCGGGGAUAACUCCAGAAAGUCCGAAGGAAUCUGGGAAAUUCCUCGAGCUCACCUCAGCUCAGCUGAGGUCACAAAUUCUGUUAUUUUGUUCAAGACCUCAAUGACUGAGUCAUCAAGCAAGGACAUGGUUUCGAUUUCAGUGCCUUUUAUGUUAAUUUGUGUCUGGGCGGCCGUUACUUUGCCACUUCUAACAGUGGCUGCUCCAAGGAGCCUGGAGCAGUAGGAAGCUCAGGGAAUGAACCAAGUUGGCUGAGGACUGUCCCUGUUGCAGAGCCAGCGCCUGGGGUGCUGCAGCAUCCGAGUGGACCAUGGAGGCGCCCAUUUGUCUGGUGCAAAACUGGAAAAAUCAGCUGACAGUAAAUCUGGAGGCCGUAAGGAUUCUUGAGCAGAUAACACAGCCUCUGGUGGUGGUGGCCAUUGUUGGUUUAUAUCGUACAGGGAAGUCCUACCUCAUGAAUCGUCUUGCAGGACAGAACCAUGGCUUCUCCUUGGGCUCCACGGUGCAAUCCAAAACCAAGGGUAUCUGGAUGUGGUGUGUGCCCCAUCCCACCAAGCCAACACACACCCUGGUACUUUUGGACACCGAAGGCCUUGGUGAUGUAGAAAAGGGUGACCCUAAGAAUGACUCUUGGAUCUUCGCCCUGGCUGUGCUUCUGAGCAGCACCUUUGUCUACAACAGCAUGAGCACCAUCAACCAGCAGGCCCUGGAGCAGCUGCAUUUUGUGACUGAAUUAACACAGCUAAUCCGGGCAAAAUCGAGCCCCAGAGAGGAUAAUGUGAAGGAUUCUAGUGAGUUUGUAGGUUUCUUCCCAGACUUUAUCUGGACUGUUCGAGAUUUUGUUCUGGAGCUGAAGUUAAAUGGUCGGCCCAUCACAGAAGAUGAGUACCUGGAGAAUGCCCUGAAGCUGAUCCCAGAAAACAAUCCCAAAGUCCAACAGUCCAACAUGACCAGAGAAUGUAUCAGAUAUUUUUUUCCGGUACGGAAGUGCUUUGUCUUUGACAGGCCCACAAGCGACAAACGUUUAUUGUUCCAAAUUGAAAAUGUUCCAGAAAACCAACUGGAAUGGAAUUUCCAGGUUGAAUCAGAAAAAUUCUGUUCCUACAUCUUCACCAAUGGCAAGACCAAGGCUCUGAGAGGGGGAGUCAUUGUCACAGGAAGUCGGCUGGGGACUUUGGUGCAGACCUAUGUGAAUGCCAUCAACAGUGGGACUGUGCCUUGUUUGGAGAAUGCAGUGACAACCCUGGCCCAGCGUGAGAACUCAGCAGCUGUGCAGAAGGCAGCUGACCACUACAGUGAGCAGAUGGCCCAGCGAGUGAGGCUCCCCACAGACACGCUCCAGGAGCUGCUGGAUGUGCAUGCAGCCUGUGAGAAGGAAGCCAUUGCUGUCUUCAUGGAGCACUCCUUCAAGGAUGAUGAGCAGGAGUUCCAGAAGAGGCUGGUGGUCACCAUAGAGGAAAGGAAGGAAGAAUUCAUGCUACAGAAUGAAGCAGCAUCUAUCCGUCACUGCCAGGCUGAGCUGGACAAGCUCUCAGAGUCCCUGAGAGAGAGCAUGUCAUGUGGAGCUUUCUCUGUUCCUGGGGGUCACAGCCUCUACUUAGAAGCCAGGAAGAAGGUUGAGCAGGACUAUGAGCAAGUGCCGAGGAAGGGAGUGAAGGCAAAGGAGGUUCUCAAGAGUUUCCUACAGUCACAGGCUGUUUUAGAGGACUCUAUCCUGCAGUCAGACAAAGCUCUUACAGAUGGAGAGAGAGCCAUAGCAGCUGAGCGGACAAAGAAGGAGGUGGCUGAGAAGGAACGAGAGCUGCUGAGGCAGAGACAGAGGGAGCAAGAGCAAGUGAUGGAGGCUCAGGAGAGAAGCUUCCGAGAAAAUAUUGCUAAACUUCAGGAGAAGAUGGAGAAAGAAAGGGAGAUGCUGCUGAAGGAUCAGGAGAAGAUGCUGGAGCACAAGCUGAAGGUUCAAGAAGAACUGCUUAUUGAAGGAUUCAGAAAGAAAUCUGAUUUGUUAAAGAAUGAAAUAAGUCAACUGAGAGAAGAGAUGGCAAGAACAAGAAGGAAACCCUCACUAUUUGCUCACAUCGUUGACACAGUUGGCAAUGCGUUCAUUAUGAUUUUACCAGGAGCUGGUAAACUAUGUGGUGCGGGGCUGAAAGUCCUCAGCUCACUUAUGAAGUAGUCUGAAGAGUUUCUGGGAUGGAAUUUAUAAAAACCAGGCUUCUAUUAUUUUGAUACCAAACUUUUUGCUGUGAUUUUUCAACACACAUGCUAGUUUAAUAACCACUGUUACAAAGAAGGUCAGAACUUCCAUUAAUAGCUAAAUUGUCAGAUAUUGCUUCAUUAGAGUUGAAUUCUGUGUCAGUUCAUUACCAGUUACAUUUAAGGUUAAAGAUACAAACCAAUGAUUGAAGAAUAUAAGGGUCUGGCAUCCAUAAAUCCUGUCAAAUUUCAGUAACAUAACCUAAACAAUAAAGAGGGAGGCCAGUCAGAAUCUAGUGAAAUUAUUUCUAGAAAAGAUGUAAGUAAAUCAAACAGAAACAUGGCCAAAUGGAGACACAUUGGCAUAUGUAUCCCAGUCCUACACUACAGAUAAUUUGUUACAAAGAGCUCUUGUAAAAACAUUCAAGUGGGUUUUCAUAGGAGAAUGUAUGAGAAAAAUGUUUGAUUGAUAAUAAAAGGCAUGCAGAUUAAAAUAAUGAAGCAUUUGUAUCCCUCUUCUUACAUGCAAAAGAAUUUGGUUUUGACAGAACCCUGGUGCACAAAGGGUUAAUUGAAAUGUCAAGUAACUACCAUUUUCUAGGGGGAUAAUGAGAAACCUGGCUUUGUCUUUCUGUAGCCCAAGGAACUUGUUCGCAGGUAGGAUGUGGAAGGGCUUGGAGCCUUGGAAUAGGCAAGCCCUAGAGUGCUGUAGGAACACUUACUGCACAUUUGGUUUGGGAGGCAGAAGGUUGAGAGAAACACAGUACAGCAUGGCCCAUGAGGUCUCAGAGGAACACAAGGACUUCAUUGGGAAAUGGGCUACAGGCCAUUCUGGCUCCAUCCUGGCCA